AUGCUGAUACACCGCUUCGGUAAGGUCGUGGUCAAACCUUUCGAGAAUCUGAGCGCUUUAGACCGCCUCAUACAGCUGUUAAGGCUUGGAUCAUCAGUGAUGGUUAUCAUUUUCACGGCCCUCCUCACUUUGGGCGCCUUGGUUUCCCCUAGUAAAAUAUACAUGGGCAGAAUGAACAGUUCUUCAGCCAAUAUCGCCGAUGGCUUGUUCCAGGUCUUGACGCUGUCUGUAGAGGAAUCUUUUGCCAAUUCCAUAAACAACGCAGUUGGGCUUACUACGGCAGAAAUAUUGAUUUUGACCGAGUACACAGCCUCACAGGUCAAGUAUACACCCCAGUACAUUGUUUCAUCUCUUUAUGGCUGGUGUCGUGUGGACAACAAAACCGCUGGUGAGAGAGGAUCAAAAGCACAAAAUUACACUUCAUGUACUAAAGUGGGUUCAGACUACAUCUUUGACUAUAGGAACCUCAUGGAAGAAGUAGGCCUUGAUGUGAUUUUGGACUUUGCAUACAGCACUUCUGGAAGUGACUACUACGAAGAGGAUGCUUCCUAUUCGCAUUACAUGAGUGUUAGUAAGACAAUGAAAGUUCGCAUGAUAAAUCUACUGUACGUCGUUGGAGUUAGCCAAGUGCUGAUGCUGACCUUUACUCUGUGGUAUUACUCGAUAAAAGGAAGAUCUCUCAAUCAACUGAAAGAGUCGCUGAUGACUCACAUAAUAUCAAUGCUUUCGCUACUUGUAUGCAUAUGUGCAUUGGUAAGUACCAUCUCCUUGGUCUAUUUGAAUCUUCAAGUCCGAUCAAAAAUAAAAAGUGAACUUGAUGUACUCGGCAUCUCUUAUCACUUGGGUAGUGCGUGGUUUUCCUCACUCUCUCUCUUAGCCUUUUUCUCAUGCGUUUCCUGUGCAGUUUGGUCGGGGCUCGUAUGGUGUAUUACUGACCAAGGAAUACUUGAUGACAAUUCAUAUGAGCUAGGUAUACUUGCGUCUACAACUCAAAGCAUACAAGAAGAAGAUCCGCUCAAAAAUACAGACGUUGAUCUGAGCGACUUACCAAAACCUUCGAUAAUAAGGGCAGGCACCUCGCAAUCAAGACUUCUGGACUCGAAUUCUUUAGAGAUAUUGAGGCCUGUCGCUACAUCUAGGUCGAACUAUUCUUUCGCGGAACAAAAAGCCGUCGAACCAAGAUCAGCAUUUAAUUUGUAA